GUAGGAGCAGGUGCAUGCAGCUUGAUCGGCGCAGGAGUAUAGUAGGAGUGCUGCAGUACUAGAGUGAGUAGGGGCCGCCACCUCCAUAAAAAAACAAUCGCCCAGUACCCACUUGGACUUGGCUGCAUGUUUCCUCCCACAGCUCCUCUGAUAGGCAGUAGGACUGCAAUCUGACGGGGAGGAGGGGAGGGAGAUGGGUCCUCCGAGUCCAAGGUGGAGCUCGUGCCUCCGCCAUGGCUCCGUGCUCCUCUUGCCGCUGCUCCUUACAGCCCUAUCUUCUUCCUGGAGGGCGGCCGCUCAGGCUCAGGCUCCGCCGUCGCAGACCGACCCGACCGAAGCGGCGGCGGUGAACGCGAUACUGGGGAAGCUGGGGCUGUUGGCGCCGGCGUCGUGGAACAUCAGCGGCAACCCCUGCAGCGGCGCCGCCACGGACGACACGCCGCUGGACGACAACCCCAACUUCAACCCGGCCAUCAAGUGCGACUGCACCGACCAGAACGGCACCCUCUGCCACGUCACCAGACUGAAGAUAAACUCGCUGGACGCGGCUGGCCCCAUCCCGGAAGAGCUGAGGAACCUCACCCACCUCAUCAAACUGGACUUCAGGAAAAAUAGCUUGACCGGCCCGUUGCCAGCGUUCAUCGGAGAACUGACUGCGCUGAAGUACAUAACCGUGGGCACCAAUGCAUUAUCCGGACCUGUCCCAAAGGAGCUUUGGAAUCUUACAGAUCUCGUAUCAGUUGCAUUGGGCUCAAACCAUUUUAACGGCUCACUUCCAGACGAGCUGGGAAAAUUGACAAAACUUCAACAGCUGUACAUUGAUAGUAAUGACUUCACUGGUCCUCUACCAGAGGCGCUGUCCCAGCUUACGAACCUGUCAACCUUGUGGGCAUCAGACAAUAGUUUCACCGGGCAAAUACCUGACUUUCUUGGGAGUUUGACCAACAUGACCCAACUGAGGCUCCAAGGGAACUCUUUUCAAGGACCGAUUCCCAGAAGUCUUUCUAAUCUUAUCAAGUUGACAAGCCUGAGAAUAGGCGAUAUUGUAAAUGGAAGCUCUUCAAUGGCAUUUGUCGGAAACAUGACAUCUUUGGGUGAACUAGUAUUGAGGAACAGCAAGAUAUCUGACACACUUGCAUCAGUAGACUUCUCCAAAUUUGUAAAUUUGACUUUACUGGAUUUGAGUUUUAACAAUAUCACAGGCCAAAUGCCUCGGUCAAUCUUUGAUCUUCCUAUGCUUAGUUAUCUAUUUCUUGGCAAUAAUAGCCUUUCGGGAAGUCUACCAGCUACGAAAUCUCCUCUACUUGCCAAUUUAGAUUUUUCAUACAACCACCUCUCAGGAAGCUUUCCUUCUUGGGUUACCCAGAAAAACCUACAAUUGAAUUUGGUGGCAAACGACUUUGUGAUCGAUAGCUCCAAUAACAGUGUUUUGCCAUUUGGGUUGAAUUGUCUUCAGCGAAAUACCCCCUGUUCUCUUGGCUCUCCGCACUCUUCCUCCUUAGCGGUGGACUGUGGUGGUAGUAGAACCAUAUCAGGCUCAGACAAUGCCAUGUAUCAGGCUGAUAAUGCCAAUCUUGGUGCUGCAUCAUAUUAUGUUGGGGGUGCACCUAUCUGGGGUGUUAGCAGUAGUGGAAGAUUCAUGGACCCACCCAAUGGAAGUUACAUAAUCUACAGUUCACGCCAAUUUCAGAACACACUAGAUUCUGGACUGUUCCAAACAGCAAGGAUGUCACCAUCAUCUUUGAGAUACUAUGGCAUUGGACUCGAGAACGGAAACUAUACAGUGACACUUCAGUUUGCAGAGUUUGACUCCCCUGAUCCCCAAGCUUGGAAAAGCAGAGCGAGAAGAGUUUUUGAUAUCUAUCUCCAGGGAGAGCGCAGGGAGCAGAACUUCGACAUAAGAAAGGCUGCAGGAGGGAAAUCUUUCGUUGUUGUAAAGAAGCAGUAUGUUGUUCCUGUGGUAAAAAACUUCCUUGAGAUUCAUCUCUUCUGGGCUGGCAAGGGUACUUGCUGCAUUCCUACUCAAGGCUACUAUGGGCCUGCAAUAUCGGCUUUGAGCGCAACCCCAAAUUUCAUCCCUACUGUGCAUUACUCUGUGGACAACAAGAGCAGCAGUAAAACUGGUGUGAUCGUUGGAGUUGUAAUUGGUGUUGCUGUUUGUUUGCUGGCUGCUCUUGCUGGAGUCUUUGUAUGGAGGCAGAAAAGGAAAAAAAUAUUAUUGGAGUUAGAAGAGCUGUACACUAUAGUUGGAAGACCAAAUGUAUUCAGUUAUAGUGAGCUAAGAUCAGCCACAGAAAAUUUUGAUUCCAGUAACCUACUUGGUGAAGGAGGAUAUGGAUCAGUUUACAAGGGUAAGUUAAGUGAUGGUAGAGUGGUGGCAGUGAAGCAGCUCUCUGAAUCAUCUAAUCAGGGGAAACUUCAAUUUGCUACGGAAAUAGAGACUAUAUCAAGGGUGCAACACCGUAAUCUCGUGAAGUUGUAUGGCUGCUGCCUCGAGAGCAAGACACCGCUGUUGGUUUAUGAGUGCCUGGAGAAUGGAAGCCUUGAUCACGCGCUGUUUGGAAAGGGAGGCUUGAACCUAGACUGGCCAAGACGAUUCGAGAUAUGCUUAGGCAUAGCAAGAGGUAUAGCUUAUCUCCACGAGGAGUCGAGCGUCCGCAUUGUGCACAGGGACAUUAAGGCCAGCAAUGUCUUGCUAGAUGCCGAUCUCAACCCAAAGAUCUCUGAUUUCGGGCUUGCCAAGCUUUAUGAUGACAAGAAGACUCAUGUGAGCACAAAAGUUGCAGGCACAUUUGGCUACCUUGCACCUGAGUAUGCCAUGAGAGGUCACAUGACUGAGAAGAUUGAUGUUUUUGCAUUCGGUGUGGUAGCGCUGGAGAUUGUUGCUGGUGAAUCAAACCAUCACACUACGCUUGAAGAGGAGACAACUUAUAUAUUUGAAAAGGUGUGGGAUCUUUACGAGAACGGCAACCCUCUGGACUUCGUGGACCCCAAGCUCUCGAAGUUCAACAGCGAGGAGGUGCUCCGGGUGAUCCGCGUCGCGCUCAUCUGCACCCAGGGAUCGCCCCACCGACGGCCGUCCAUGUCAAGGGUAGUGUCGAUGCUCACGGGAGACGCCGACAUGGCCGGGGAGGAGGUGAUCAAGCCGAGCUACAUCACGGAGUGGCAUGGCCACGCUGCAGGUGGGGAUGCCACGCCGGCGACCGAAAACCCGUCGCCGAUGUUCACCUCCAUCAUCGACGAGGGCAGGUGAGGUGCGUGCGCGCGCCAAGGUGUUUGCUAUGUAGUUGUCAUCGUCAGGUGGUAGUAUGGGCGAAGGAGAGUAUUUUUAUUUUCUUCUGCCGCGAAUGCUAAAUUAUUUUCCUGCUCUAUGAAUGCAAUAGCUUCCCAGAUAUAUGUAAGCAGAAGAUCUCCUUGCACAUGCUCUACAUGUACAGCACAGGACAAUGGGCCCCAUUGUCAUUGACUUUGCAGUGAUACUAUGCACUGGGUGUCUUAAUUACUUGAUCUUC